AUGGCAGUAUAUUUGCAAACCCUAAGAAUGCAAGACAAGCUAUCAGUCAAUUAAAUUUUAAGCUUCGUCUCUUAAUAACUUUCAAUACCAAUUAACUAUUAUGUAGCUCAACCAGAAUUACAAUUCAAUGUCCUCAUGAAUCCUGGUUUAAAGUUGGAGGCCUUCCUUUCGCAAGCAUAACUUGAAACUAAGGUUAGUUUGAAGGAUUUCAUUUUUUUUGUAGAAAAUCAUUGUGAGGAGUUUUUUUUAAGUUUAUUUGGUUAACAAAGGCACUGGCAAAUUUUAUGCUAUCUAAUUCAUUGAUAAAGAAAUCAUCAUAGCCAAGAAAAAGCAGUAGAUAAUAUUGAAUGAAAGAAAUAUCAUGACUAUACUUAACAGUCUAUUCUUAUUACAUUUAUCAUUUGCGUUCGAAUCCAUACAAUUCGUCGUUUUUAUUCCAGAGUUUUGGGAAGGCGGAGAACUAUUUUUCUAAUUGAAACAAAUCAAAGGAAUUAGAGAAUUAUAAUACAUAGCAGAAAUUUGGUUUGUCUGUAUUCCUCCUAUUGAUUUUAAGGGUCUAAAUGAAAUUCAUUCGACGAACAUUUUUAUACAGAGAAAUUAAACCUGA